UAAAAUCAAAUCCCCGCCGCCAAUCAAACUGGACAUGUGCACAUCGACAGGAAGCAGUUCCAGAAAAUAAACCGCACAGGAUGGACGGGUUGCAUUGCUGCAGUUGUUAAAUGAUCUUGAUGAUUAUUGUGGAUGGCUGGAGUGUGACUUGAAGUCCUGGUUUAGUGCCUCCAGCUGCUGUGUAACCCGAGCCUCGGAUGGACCGACAGCGGGGCUGGACAACAGUCGGGGUGUUUGAUAGGGGGGGAUUUAAGGCUCUUCCCCUUCGGUCUUUACUCUCACACUCUUUCUCCUCCUCACACUUUAUAUUUAAACAUAGUCAAGUGGAAUGCAUUAGGGGGAUUCAGGGGACAUAAUGGCUCUGCGCUGUUUAGGGAUAUUUUUCGUAUUUCUCGCUGCUCUGGGGACUCUGACGAGCCUGGUGGUGUGUAAUGAGGAGUCCAAGCUGAUCUACGACUUGUUCAAAAACUACAACAAGAACAUUCGUCCAGCAGUUGAACCUCGGGAGAAAGUGCAGGUCAUGAUCAAGCUGACUCUGACGAACCUUAUCUCACUGAAUGAAAAGGAAGAGACUCUAACAACCAAUGUAUGGAUUGAAAUCCAAUGGUCUGAUUAUCGCCUUGCCUGGAACGAGAGCAAUUAUCACGGCAUUCAAGUUAUCCGCGUCCCGUACAACACGGUUUGGCUUCCUGACAUAGUCCUUGAGAACAACAUUGACGGCCAGUUUGAUGUGGCUUACUACGCAAAUGUCCUGAUCAACAGUAAUGGCUGGAUGUACUGGUUGCCCCCUGCUAUCUAUCGUAGCACCUGUGCAAUUGAAAUUACUUACUUCCCAUUUGACUAUCAAAACUGCACACUGGUGUUCAGAUCCCAAACAUACAGUUACAACGAACUGGACUUGAUCUUGGCUACUGAAGAUGAUGAAAUAUUUGAAUGGGUGCAUAUCGACCCAGCUGCUUUUACAGAGAAUGGCGAGUGGGCCAUUGUCCACCGACCUGCCAGGAAGAUGAUCAACUCGAGGUAUUCCCCCGACGACCUGGAGUAUCAGGAGAUCGUGUUCAACCUGGUGAUUCAGAGGAAGCCCCUGUUCUAUAUCAUCAACAUCAUCCUGCCCUGCUCUCUCAUCUCCUCGCUGGUUGUACUGGCCUACUUCCUUCCUGCUCAAGCUGGCGGACAAAAACUGACUGUCUCCAUUUCUGUGUUGCUGGCUCAGACUGUCUUCCUGUUUCUGAUUGCUCAAAAGAUCCCUGAGACAUCGCUGUCUGUCCCUCUGAUUGGAAAGUACCUCAUUUUUGUCAUGAGCGUCACAACCCUCAUUGCAACCAAUCAGAUUGUGGUGCUGAACUACUCUCUCCGCAGCCCCAGCACUCACAUCAUGUCCCACACUGUCAAGCACUUGUUCUUGGAAAUGGUGCCUCGUUUCUUGGGCAUGUCCCCGCUGGUGGACGACAGUGAGGCGACAGCCGAGAUGAACGGGUUGAAGGAGAGGCGGCGCAGCUCCUUCGGCCUCAUGCAGAGGGCAGAGGAAUAUGUGUUGAAGCAACCUCGGAGUGAAAUGAUGUUCGACAAACAAAGAGAGAGACAUGGCCUCACUCGAUCAAUUGUAAAUAACAUAGAUGUGAGCAGCACUGCAAACUUGUACAAGAGUUUAGCGCAGGCGGCACCUGAGAUUAAGCAGUGUGUGGACGCCUGCAACUUCAUUGCUGAAAGCAAAAGGCAACAGAAUGACAUUGGAUCUGAAAUUGAAAGCUGGGUUCUGAUAGGAAAGAUGAUCGACAAGGUGUGUUUCUGGGCUGCCAUUUCUCUCUUCACUGUAGGCACCGUGGGGAUUUUCCUUACUGGGCACUUCAACCAAGCGCCAGAAUUCCCAUUUCCUGGAGAGAACAAGAAAUAUGCUCCAGUUUCUUAAAAAUAAACUGUUGCUUGCUCUUGGAGCAUUUAUUUACAAGGUUCACUUUUCCUCAUGCUGUACGUUAGCAGCACGGCUUGUGAAGUCCGAGCCUUUAGGGUUAAGUCAGGUUGGAUAGAUCUGUGUCAAAAAUCACACUGAUCGUCUGCGAAGCAGCUGAGGGUUUAAUUUACUUUUAAAUUUUGGCAUGUUCUUUUGGUGAUUCAACAAAGCUAUGUUCUAAAUCAUAAUACUGCUCAGGAAAAUCCUUCAGAAUAUGGUUUGUGUUUUAUUUAUUACUUUUGAGUCUAUGAGAAAGACGUGACACUUCGAAACUGAGAACCUUUAGGCAUUUCAGGAGAAAAGUCUAGAGCUUUUGACUAAGCAAAUUUUAUUUUACUGGAGGAAAGACGGAUGUAAAAGGAGACUCCCUCUGAGGUUUAGCUGCUUUGUUUAUAUGUGAAGAGGAAAAAGUUGCCUAAUUGUUCACUGUCUUAAGAAAACCCAGAGCAACCAGAAAAAAACACUUAUUUGCCUUCUUGUUUUAAUGACGUUGUAUAAGGCAGAUGGAUUAAAUGGUGAUAUUAUGCGUUUAUUGUUUGUUUUUUUUGUCAAUAUUUUUAUGUGUAACACUGAACUAAAUAAAGUAACUUUUAUUUUUGACACACAUGUCAAAUAAAGCACAUCAAGGCUAUGACUGGAUGUGCUGAUUUAUAUCUGUUGCAGCAUUUGGGUGGUUGAACCAGAGAUUCUGUUGCAAUUCCCAGAUUUGGGUUUUGUAUUAUUAUUUGUAAUUGUGCAUUUAAUAAAUUAUUCCAAAAUAAA